CAAUUGUUCUCAAAGCAAAGUAACAGAAACAACAACAAUAGAAAGCUAAGAAAAUGUCAUUUACGGGAACAUUAGACAAAUGCAAAGCUUGUGAUAAGACGGUUUAUUUUGUUGAUUUAUUGUCCGUGGACGGAGUCACUUACCAUAAAACAUGCUUCCGGUGCAGCCAUUGCAAUGGAUCGCUCGUGAUGAGCAACUACUCCUCCAUGGAUGGAGUCUUGUAUUGCAAGACUCAUUUUGAACAACUUUUUAAAGAAUCUGGAAAUUUCAGCAAGAACUUUCAAACAACAUCAAAACCAGAAAGAGACAAUUCAUCGGCAAAGACACCAAGCAAGUUAUCAUUUGUGUUCUGUGGGACUCAAGACAAAUGUAGAGCUUGCGACAAAACUGUUUAUCCUCUCGAAAAGAUGACAAUGGAAGGAGAACCAUAUCACAAGUCUUGCUUCAAAUGUGCUCAUGGAGGGUGUCCUCUAACGCACUCAUCAUAUGCUGCCCUUGAUGGCAUAUUGUAUUGUAGGCACCAUUUUGCUCAACUCUUCAUGGAAAAGGGGACUUUCUCUCAUGUUCUCCAAGCUGCAAACCAAAAGAAAAACCCCCCUGCCUCCUCAUCCGAAGAGCAACCCGAUCAACAAGAAGAGCAACAUGAUCAACAAGAAGAGCAACAAGAGGAGCAACAACCAUCACAAGACGACAGUGAAACUAACGAUGAAAGCCAAACCGAGCCACCACCACCACCCGAGGAUGAACAACCCAAAGAAGAAGAAGAAGAAGAAGAAAAGGAAGAAGAAGAAAGAGAAGAAGAGCAAUCAAAAACAGAAUAAUCA